GAGCGGCUCCUGCUCUCCCUGUUGCCGGCUCACAUAGCCAUGGAAAUGAAAGCUGAGAUCAUCCAGAGGCUGCAGGGCCCCAAAGCCGGCCAAAUGGAAAACACGAACAACUUUCACAACCUCUAUGUCAAGCGACACACGAAUGUGAGUAUCCUGUACGCGGACAUCGUUGGCUUCACCCGGCUGGCCAGUGACUGCUCCCCAGGAGAGCUGGUCCACAUGCUGAACGAGCUCUUUGGAAAGUUCGAUCAGAUUGCAAAGGAGAAUGAAUGCAUGAGAAUAAAAAUUUUGGGAGACUGCUACUACUGUGUGUCCGGACUCCCCAUAUCUCUCCCAAACCAUGCCAAGAAUUGUGUGAAAAUGGGGCUGGAUAUGUGUGAAGCCAUAAAGAAAGUGAGGGACGCCACCGGCGUGGACAUCAACAUGCGCGUCGGAGUGCAUUCUGGGAACGUCCUCUGCGGCGUGAUUGGUCUGCAGAAGUGGCAGUACGACGUGUGGUCACAUGACGUUACGUUGGCCAAUCACAUGGAAGCUGGCGGGGUCCCUGGACGUGUUCACAUUUCUUCUGUCACCUUGGAGCACUUGAAUGGCGCUUAUAAAGUGGAGGAAGGAGAUGGGGAUAUCAGAGACCCAUAUUUAAAACAGCACCUGGUGAAAACCUACUUUGUAAUCAACCCCAAGGGGGAACGGCGGAGUCCUCACCUCUUCAGACCUCGCCACACCCUCGAUGGAGCCAAGAUGAGGGCCUCCGUCCGCAUGACCCGGUACCUGGAGUCCUGGGGGGCCGCCAAGCCCUUUGCGCACCUGCAUCACCGGGACAGCAUGACCACGGAGAACGGCAAGAUCAGCACCACGGAUGUGCCAAUGGGUCAGCAUAAUUUCCAAAAUCGUACCUUAAGAACCAAGUCACAAAAGAAAAGAUUUGAAGAAGAAUUAAAUGAAAGGAUGAUCCAAGCAAUUGAUGGAAUCAAUGCACAAAAGCAGUGGCUCAAGUCUGAAGACAUUCAGAGAAUCUCGCUUCUGUUCUACAAUAAAGUACUAGAAAAGGAAUACCGAGCCACUGCACUGCCGGCGUUCAAGUAUUAUGUGACCUGCGCGUGUCUUAUAUUGUUCUGCAUCUUCAUCGUGCAGAUUCUGGUGUUGCCCAAAACGUCCAUUCUCGGGAUCUCCUUUGGAGCCGCGUUUCUCUUGCUUGCCUUAAUCCUUUUCGUCUGCUUUGCUGGACAGCUAUUGCAAUGCAGCAAGAAGGCCUCCUCCUCUCUGCUGUGGCUGCUGAAGUCGUCCAGCAUCAUUGCCGACCGGCCCUGGCCACGGGUCUCCCUCACGGUCCUUACCACCACCAUCAUCCUGACCAUGGCCGUGUUCAACAUGUUUUUCCUGAGCGACCCAGAGAAAACAAUUCCUCCAACUGCCAAUACAUCAAACACAAGUCUCUCUGCCUUAAGUAAUCAGGCAGCAGUUCUGCGCGCACACAAUUUGUUUUUCCUCCCGUACUUUAUCUACAGCUGCAUUCUGGGACUGAUUUCCUGCUCGGUUUUCCUGCGGGUGAAUUACGAGUUGAAGAUGCUGAUCAUGAUGGCGGCAUUGGUAGGCUACAACACCAUCCUUCUCCACACUCACGCCCACGUCCUGGACGACUACAGCCAGGUCUUAUUCGAGAGACCAGGCAUUUGGAAAGACCUGAAGACCAUGGGCUCAGUGUCUCUCUUUAUAUUCUUCAUCACACUGCUCGUUCUGGGUCGACAGAAUGAAUAUUACUGUAGGUUAGACUUCCUGUGGAAGAACAAGUUCAAAAAAGAGCGGGAGGAGAUAGAAACCAUGGAGAACCUGAACCGCGUGCUGCUGGAGAACGUGCUGCCUGCGCACGUGGCCGAGCAUUUCCUGGCCCGGAGCCUGAAGAACGAGGACUUAUACCACCAGUCCUAUGACUGCGUCUGCGUCAUGUUCGCCUCCAUUCCGGAUUUCAAGGAGUUCUACACAGAGUCAGAUGUGAACAAGGAGGGCUUGGAAUGCCUUCGGCUCCUGAAUGAGAUCAUCGCCGACUUUGAUGAUCUGCUGUCCAAGCCGAAGUUUAGCGGGGUUGAAAAGAUCAAGACCAUUGGCAGCACGUAUAUGGCAGCAACCGGUCUGAGCGCCGUGCCCAGCCAGGAGCACGCCCAGGAGCCCGAGAGGCAGUACAUGCACAUCGGCACCAUGGUGGAGUUUGCCUUUGCCAUGGUGGCGAAGCUGGACGCUAUCAACAAGCACUCCUUCAAUGACUUCAAGCUGCGAGUGGGUAUUAACCACGGACCUGUGAUAGCCGGUGUGAUUGGAGCUCAGAAGCCACAGUACGACAUCUGGGGCAACACCGUGAACGUGGCCAGCAGGAUGGAUAGCACCGGCGUGCUGGACAAAAUACAGGUCACCGAGGAGACAAGCCUCAUCCUUCAGACGCUGGGGUACACGUGCACAUGUCGGGGAAUAAUCAACGUGAAAGGCAAGGGGGAGCUGAAGACGUACUUUGUAAACACAGAAAUGUCAAGGUCACUUUCCCAGAGCAACUUGGCUUCUUGAAGGGUUGCCUUCACUUCGGCAAGAAGACUGUAUUUUCAGGAAGGUACGAUGCACUUUCUGACUGCAAGCUUUGUUUCUCGUUUUCGGUGUGCGUGCUCUGUUCUGUCCCAUGGAGCCUUUUCAGACUCGUUCCUCUGACCUGGUGGCAUACCGUUUGGUGGCUGAUGUGUCCCAAGAUCGCUCUGCCACUUGCACUGUGCUUACUCCUAAGCAGAAGGUAAAGGAGUGUGUCUUAUAGGAGAAAUGCGUUCAGAGAAUUUACAAAGAUGACAGAGGUGAAAUAAACAAAAAUUCUUAAGGCAAUAAAACUAGGGGGUGUAUAUUAUCUUCCAGUGCAUGUUUUGUUUUUCUUUUUUUUUUUUUUUUUCUGGAAAAUAUGGUAGCUCGCCAACCGCAUCUGCUAGUCCGAUAUUACAACACACAGUAUUUGUGAAUGAGUUGAUUCUGUCGCCCCACAAGGAAUUUGACUGUGUUAGCCCAACGUGUUUCAUAACCAGUGGCUGUCCGUGGGCCCCCGCGGGGCCCCUGGGCCUGUCGCCUUGCUCUGUUGUGUCUCGUGCCAGCAGCGGGUAGCCCUCCAUCACCAGAAUUAGUUCUCAUGACCUAGGACCAGUUUUGUACCAACAUGUCCAAUGUUUUGAUGCCAUUGUCUUUUGUAAGGUUGAUUCAUUAAAAGUUUUAUGUACUUUG